AUGUCCGACGAUGAAUUCAUGAUGGAGGAUGCAGCGGAUGACGAGGAGUACGAUUUCGAUUACGACGAUGAUGAUGACGAGGAAGAUAUGGAUGGAGCAGGGGAUGUGGAGAAUCAGUAUUACAAGGCAAAAGCUUUGAAAGAGGAUGACUCGGAAAGCGCGUUGAAAGCUUUUAGGACUAUCGUUGAUGAUCAGCCUGAGAAGGGGGAAUGGGGAUUUAAAGCUUUGAAACAGAUGACAAAAAUGAAUUACCUUCAUCUCCACCGACCUGAAAAGGCUAUAGAGACAUAUAGAGAGCUAUUGAGCUAUACCAAGACACACGUAACGAGGAAUUACGCCGAAAAAUCGAUUAAUAACAUCCUCGAUUAUGUCGGUGGAGAAGGAAAGCACGCGGCUCUUUCUCCUAAAGUACCCUUAGAUACAUUAGAAGAGUUCUACGAAGCUACUAGAGUAGCAUGUGAGGAAGCUAAAAAUGAGCGACUAUCAACGAAAUCGAAUUUGAAAUUGGCUAAGUUGUGGUUAGACAGGAAAGAAUACGGUAGAUUGACACCUAUUUUGAAAUCGCUUCACGUUACUUGUGCACCUACGAAUGGAUCUAGCUCGUCAGAUGAUCAAUCGAAAGGAUCACUUCUCCUCGAACUUUACGCGAUCGAGAUUCAGAUGUACAGCGAUUUGAAAGAGAAUAGAAAGCUUAAAGAAAUAUAUAACGCCGCUAUGCAGGUGAAGAAUGCUAUCCCCCAUCCUAGGGUGAUCGGCGCUAUCAAAGAAUGUGGUGGUAAGAUGUGGAUGAUGGAGAAGGCUUGGGCCAAAGCUUCGACGGAUCUUUUCGAAUCGUUCAGACAAUACGACGAAUCAGGUUCUUCCCAGCGUAUACAGGUUCUCAAGUAUCUGGUAUUGACUUACAUGUUGAUGGGGAGUGAGAUCAAUCCUUUUGAUUCGCAAGAAACCAAGCCGUAUAAAAACGAUCCUCAGAUCAUCGCUAUGACCAGCUUGGUGACUGCCUACCAGCGAAGAGAUGUCAAAGAAGCCGAGAAGAUGUUGAAGGCCAACCGAGCAACUAUCACUGGCGAUCCUUUCAUCAAUUAUUUCGUGGAUGAUUUACUCAGAUCAUUGAGAACUCAAUAUAUAAUCGAUAUCAUUAAACCGUAUACACGGAUGGAAUUGGAUUCUUUAGCAAAGACACUCAAUAUCGCUCGAGGAGAAGUUGAAUCGCUGGUCGUCUCAUUGAUACUUGAUGGUAAGAUCAAAGGGAAGAUAGACCAAGUGAAAGGUUUGUUAGUCCUUGACAGAUUCAAUACAUCUUCAAGAGAACGAUAUAUCGCGUUGAACAACAUGACGGCUCAACUUGACCAUCUGACACAUAAGAUCGAGGUCGACAAGUUGACGAGGGAAGGGGGAGGCAGGAGUGGUGGUUGGGCAGGUGGAUUGACUAGCUUUGGUUAA